GUCAUUUUAGCAAUACAAUGUCCCACUAGUAGGUGCCAAGAAUCAUCGGAACAGAAAUAACCACCGCAGUUCCUGUUCGCGUGUGCAGAUUCAACCUACCUACGUCAAUACCAGCCUCCGUUUUCGUGUCACGCCGGACGUAUUUCCUUUUUCUUUCGUCACCAUUCCUGUUACUCAUACGCUAUGCGGCUACAUGGCUGUCCGUCUCGUGAUGUAAAACUACAUGAAUCAUCACACCGUCCGCAUUGUUGAAGAAAUCCCGCUAGCUAGCGUACCGGCAUUCUGCAACUGCGGUGGAGUACCAUUUUUCCGAUCACUGCCCUGAAUCUCUCUGUGACGCUACUGGAAAAUAUUGCGGAUAACGAGUGGUCUCGCACGCGGCGUGCCGUAUUUUUCACCCGGAAAAGUUUCCUCGUCGACUCAGAGCAUCAAGGACAACAGUAGCUGUUCGGACGCCGUUGUGUGCGGACGCCCCCGUUCCAAGCACGCGAUCAGCGGGCAGACUUGUGCAGCGCGUAUCCUGAGCCGUGGGUUGACUUCCGUGACAUCCGUGAGCCGUGAGUUGAGUCUGAGUCGUGAGCCCCGCCGGACGCGGGGGUGUUGGAGGUCAUUUCUGAUCUGUCGGUCGGCGCCAUUGUCCACAGCUGUGUAUCGCGUCUGUGUGCUGUGAUCACGCCUGGUCUUGAUAUCGGGCACAGCUGACCGGCGAGACAAAUCGCUCUCUGGUCGCGAGGUCAUCGUCAGUCGGACGCAGUGAGACGCGGGCGACGGGCAGUGAACGGUCAGGGCGGCGGGCGGCGGACGGCGGACGGCGGGCGGUGGACCGUGGACGGUGGACAGUGUGUGGGAGCGAAGUGACAAAGUGUGGAUAUAAGCACAAGUGGUGAAUGUUGAACGGCACGAGAAAAGGGGUGAAGUGAAGAAAAACAACGAGAAGAGAUACUGGCGGCGGAAAUACAAAUAGCUCAGAGAAGUGUUGGGGCUGAAUAUUGAUCUUCAAUCAUCACAAGAAUUUUUUCCCGAGCUUCAAGCACCCUAUUUAUCGAGAAGUCCGGCUAGAAGCCCGUGCUUCGAGAUAUUCCCUGGUACUUCUGAUCAAUAACCUAGCAACGUAAGCCACUCCCGUACGUCCCGCAUCCAUCUCGUGUUUUCUGUCCAUCACCACACAUCUCCCGAUCAUCACGAUGCCUGAAAUGGAUCCAGCCUUCUCAACCGUUGUACCCAACCAGCCGGCCUUCCACAUUUGGCGAGUCGAAAACCUACAACUGGUACCCGUACCUCUGGCACAACAUGGCCAGUUCCACCGAGGAGACUCGUACAUCGUCUACAGUUCGGCAGAGCCGCCGGUCGGUCGACGAGGGCCUCUUCAGGUUCACAUCCACUUCUGGCUGGGCUCACAGACCUCAGUGGACGAGGCUGGAGUGGCUGCCUACAAGACCGUCGAGCUUGAUGACCUCCUGGGAGGUGCUCCUGUACAGCAUCGCGAGGUUGAGGGUCGAGAGAGCCAGCCGUUCCGUUCCUACUUCCGCGAAGGAAUCACCUACCUAGAGGGUGGCGUGGCCAGUGGUAUGACCCAUGUCUCCGACGAAGUCCAGCCGAGGAUGUACAUGGUGAAGGGAAAACGCAGUCCUGUGGUUCGCCAGCUGACUUCCGUCUCCUGGGAUCACAUCAACGAUGGCGACGUUUUCGUCAUCGACGCCGGCGAUACGAUCUUCGUCUGGACAGGAGCGUCAGCCAACCCCAUGGAGAAGAUCCAGGGCGCUCGGCUAGCUCAGCGCCUCAAAGCAGAACACGGCGGAGGGAUUGUAGUCGUGGUGGAGUCCGGCUCUGAGAAGAGCCUUCCGCCGGACGAGCUGCGUCGACUGGAGCAGCUGCUGCCGCUGGCUGAGAGGAAGGUGGCGCCAGCGGAGCCGGACUCGGCAGACGCGGCGCAGGAGAGACGACUGGCCGAACAGCUGCGGCUGUUCAGGUGCUCCGACGCCGACGGAACGCUGCAGGUGACGGAGGUGAAGCACGGGCCACUGCUUCAGGAGGAUCUCGUCUCAGACGACUCUUUCAUCGUCGACAACGGCGAGCAGGGCAUCUGGCUGUGGGUGGGACGGGGCGCCUCCGCCAAGGAGCGCUCCGAGGGUAUGCGCAACGCACAGGGCUUCGUCCAGAAGAAAGGAUACCCGAGCCACACUCCGGUGACGCGAGUGAUCGACGGUGGCGAGCCGCCGGAGUUCCGCAGUCUGUUCCGAUCCUGGAGGGAGAAGAACGCAACGGUUGGUCUCGGUCGUCAGUUUUCCUCUGGAAAGAUCGCUGCCCGACCUCCUCCCACUGGAUUUGACGCUACCAUGCUUCACGCCAAUCGUGCACUGGCCGCCAAAACACAAAUGGUUGACGACGGUACGGGCGAAUGCACCGUAUGGCGUGUGCAGAACUUCGACCUGAAGCUAGUUCCGACCAGCGAGCACGGUCGUUUCUUCGGAGGUGAUUGUUACGUGGUGCAGUACGCGUACAAGGUAUCUGGCCGAGACCACUGGCUUCUUUACUACUGGCUGGGAGCUCACAGCAGUCAGGACGAACGCGGAACUGCAGCCUUGAAGACUGUCGAGCUGGACGAUAAGCUGGGCGGUCGUCCGGUCCAGGUUCGCGUGGUUCAGGGAAAGGAACCGCCCCACUUCAUGGCCAUCUUCGGAGGUCGGAUGAUCGUGUAUGCUGGUGGCAAGGCUUCCUCGUUUGAUGGGCCUGGAGCUGAGGAUCAGGACCUAGCCGACACCUACCUUCUUCAGGUGCGUGGCUCUCAGCCUCUCAACACCAAGGCCGUUCAGGUCGAGUGCCGCGCCAAGUCGCUCAACUCCAAUGACUGUUUCGUGCUGCGUAUACCGGGUGGUGCCUGGGUCUGGACCGGGCGAGGCGCUUCAGCGGACGAGCGACAAAUGGCCCGGUCAGUCGCCGGACAGCUCUGCUCCGAACCACGAGACAUCGCCGAGGGUUCCGAGCCGGAUGAAUUCUGGAGUGCCCUUGGCGGUCGAGGAGAGUAUGCCAACGCGCCACGCCUGGCCGAAGAAACCGCCCAGCCCGCACGUCUGUUCCAUUGCUCCAAUGCAAGCGGAACGUUCCGCGUACGCGAGAUAGCUGACUUUGAUCAAUCGGAUCUCUGCGAGGAUGACGUCAUGUUGCUGGAUGCCUGGGAUUCGGUGUUUGUUUGGAUUGGAUCCAAGUCCAACCGAGAGGAGCGCGCUGCCGCUGAAAAGGCAGCCAUCGAGUAUCUGCGCACGGAUCCUUCUGGUAGGGGAACAGGCACGCCAGUGCUGAGGAUUAGACAGCAUGGCGAGCCUCCCUCCUUCACUGGGUUCUUUGGCGCAUGGAGUGACGCGCUGUGGUCUGAACAGCCCAGCUGGGCGGCCGUUCAGAGGGAGCUACGUCAGCAGAAUCGACCCCAAGUGGAGAAAGUGGUGGAGCGUCCUGACCGACCUAGGUACCCCCUCUCCGUGCUGAGGUCUCGGCAGCUCGAUGAUCUGCCCGACGAUGUCGACCCCACACGCAAAGAAGAGUACCUGGCGGCGGAGGAGUUCGCGCAGGUAUUUGGCGUGAGCUGGGAGCGCUUCCAGGAGAUGCCGCAGUGGAAGCGAGUACAGAAGAAGAAAGAGGUUGGGUUGUUUUAGCCGAAAGAGUGAAUGUUGCGCAUGUGGAACGGGGCACCUCGCGACGGUAGAGAUGCCAUUUCUCUAGUCAUGAAAUCAGGCGGCAGUUGUUCUCGUUAGGGAAUUUCAUGAGGCGUCAUUUAAAGGAGCGUUUCAACUUCUACUCUUUAGGCGAACUUACUGCCAAGGCUGUCCAAGCAUGAAGCUCAGCAUUGCGAGGAUAGCUAUCUUUAGUGCAUUGGCAUGAGCGAUAUGGGAUUUACCGGUGGGGUGAGUGUAUAAGUAGAAUUUAUGGGUUACAGACCGAACAAGUAUGACGUUACUUUUGUCAACAUAGCAUGCUGAAUCUUUCAGAUUGGCAUAUGCUUUUGCGGUAGCGCACAAGAUUUAGCAGACUUUGUGUUUUAUCGUGCAGGUAUAUCUUCAUUUUUUAUUGUAGUAAAUAAAUAGAAGGCUUACCA